GUCGAUCUAAAUGAGCCAACGGCGGGCGCAACCAGCGACAGUUGACGAUUAGUAGCCCGACGGAACGGAAACAACACUCGGAACCAAGCGAAAGCAAAGCACAUCUAGUAGCAGGCAGGCAACCGUAGCCUACAUUUGACACCGCCCGUCCUACAGUGUUGCAUCAAAGUUGACCUUGCCCAUCGGACCUCAACUCAACGGAACGAGAGAGAGCAGUUCCUUAUCUGGAUUGCCACCGCGCGCGCCCCCCACAAAACCAAACGUGGUCGUCAUCGUAGUUACGUGUCUUUGCCGUCUCAGUUGAAGGAAUUUCCUCGAUUUUCUCGAUAUCGUGUGACGCAGUUCGCAGUCAUCAUGGGUGUUCAGGAUCUGCAGGAUCAUGUGCUGGUGCAGUGCGAUUUCGAAAUCUUCGGCACGGUGCAAGGAUGUGGCUUCACCAAACACUGCCGAGACAACUGCCUGGCGCUGGGCAUCAAGGGAUGGGUGAAAAACUCCAAGCAGGGCACCAUCAUGGGCAAGAUGCAGGGUGCCAAGGGUGACGUCGGCAAAAUGGUCGAAUGGCUGUCGAAAACGGGCUCACCCGGUUCCAAGAUCGAUAAGGCAGAGUUUACGAACUGGGGCACCUGUUCGCGGUUGGCGUUCACGGACUUUGCGAUUAGGUUUUAGGGCAGUUUCUGCAGCAAAUGGACACACCUUAACACGAACAGACUAACGCACGUGCUAGCACUCCAAAGAACACACUCUCUUAUCACACUACUCUAAAGCAGUAACACUGUAUUGUACUUUAAAGGCGAAGGUAGGCUCUACGGUAGGCAGUAGUAAGCAGGGCGAAACGAAGCGGACGGUACUCCGUUCGUCUGUGAGAUGUUAGAUGUUAUUGUAUUUUCUUUAAAUUAUUAUUUACCUUUAUCUUUAUGUGUUAUCGUUUGUCUCGUGGGACGGUACAAAAUGAUUGCGGUCUCCGGUCCGCUCAGGCACUGUGUGUUCGUUGGGAGCCGGUUAGAAUAUUCGGGGCGGGGAAGGAUGGCGCAGGAUCUCCGCAGUUAGGCCAACAAAAUCGCACUUAUCCUGCAUUAAUGCGAUGCAUUCAGAACCUUCGCCCGGCAGUCCAAGCGCGCACAAAAUCAACCCAGAAUAGAGGCCGCUCAGCUCGUUUGGCCGUAAAGUGCGCGGAUCAACCCCCAAUCAGACCACAACAAGAGCGAACCGAAUCUGUUUUUAGCUUUUAAGGCGAACUGUAUUGAAAAUGUACAUAAUUUGAAACGUGGCAGUAAUGCUGAGGAGGAGAAAUAAAGCGCUAAAACGUA